AUGGGCAGAGGCACGGGCAGGGACGGGCAGCGGUUCCACGUGACGCCGCGGGAUGAGGCCUCUCAGAGAGUUAUCGGAGCGCUUCAAAACGUGUACAGGAAAAAGCUCCGCCUGGUGGAAGAGGCGUUCUUCUUCGGGCAGUUUCACUACGACGCCAUCACUGACACGGAGCUAGAAGCCAAGAGCCAGGUCCUGGUGAUCGGGCAGUACUCCACGGGAAAGACCACGUUCAUCCGCCACUUGCUCGGAGCCGACUUCCCGAACAUGAACGUUGGUCCCGAGCCGACAACGGACAAGUUUACGGUGGUGAUUCAUGGCCAGGAAGACCGCCCGGUGGAGGGAAACAUCCUCGCGGUCGUCAAGGAACUCCCGUACGAGGGGCUGAGUCGAUUCGGACCCGGACUCCUGGACAAGCUUGAUGCUGCCAUCUCUACCUCUCCGUUUCUGGAGAACAUAACCCUGGUGGACACGCCGGGAGUCCUCUCCGGGGAGAUGCAGAUGCACCAGCGGGCAUACAGCUUCGCUGACGUGUCUCGGUGGUUCGGCGAUCGGUCCGACCUCAUCCUCGUCCUGUUUGACGCCCACCGCUUGGACGUCAGCGAUGAACUUAUGGAGAUUCUGAUGCGGCUCAAGGACCACCAGAGUUCCAUCAGGAUAGUUCUCAACAAGGCGGACCAAGUCGACAAGGCCGAGCUCCGGAGGGUAUACGGGGCCUUGAUGUGGUCGUUGGGCAAGGUCUUUGACAACCCGGAGGUGGUUCGAGUAUACAUCGGGAGCUUCUGGGACCAACCUCUAAAGCACACCGCGCAUGAGAAGCUCUUCGAGGCCGACCAGGAAUCGCUAACCCGGGAGCUAACAGAUCUACCCCGGCUGUCAGCCACCCGCAAGAUAAACCAGCUCAUCAAGCGGGCUAACUCGGUCCGGGCUCACGCGUGUGUGCUGAGCUAUCUGAGGGAACAAACGCCGUGGAUGUACGGUAGGGCCCGGCGACGGGAGGACCUACUGGAGAACAUGGAAGGCGUGUUGGAAACGGUCAGAGCUAAGCACGGUCUGCACGAGGCGGACAUGCCGGAUGCGGACGCACUGAGGGCCAACCUUCAGAGCUUCGAUUUCGCCAGUUUUCCGAUACUCACGCCCGCCGCGCUCCGGCAGCUGAGGCAUGUCGUCGACGUCGAUAUUCACCAGGUUCUGCAAGAGGGGGGCGGAUCGGCGAAGAUCUUCAAGUUCUCCAACAAGCGAGGCCGUCCACAGCGAGCGGGCAUGCUUUCCCGGGUAGGUUCCUCGAUACGACAGCUGCUAGGGGGCGGCGCGGAAAGCGACAACACGGACAGCAGCAGCGGUAGGGGGUCGCCGCCACUGCCCGCGGCGGCCCCCCUCCGGCCCCCGGCUUCCCCCCACCUCUCCUCUGAGGGUAUUUCUGCUGCCGGCGUCGCUGUAACGGCGACAAGCGCAGCACCGGUAACAGCAGCACCAACACCAGCAUCAACACCAGCAGCGCCAGCACCACCAGCACCAACGGCAGCAGCACCAACACCACCAGCAUCAGCAGCACCAGCAGCAGCAUCACCAGCACCAGCACCAGCACCAGCACCAGCAUCACCAGCACCAGCACCAGCACCAGCAGCACCCGCAGCAGCAGCAGCACCCGCAGCAGCAUCUCCAUCAUCGCGGGACGAUAGUGGCACGACCCGGGUCUCCGAGGAGUCGCCGGAGAAGUUCGAGGAGAUCUGGACGGCGGUGAGCCUCGAUGAGAGCGGGAUUUCCGGCGGUGGCGGCGUCGGUAGCGCGGGAGGAGGGGACGAGAGCGGCACCAGGGGAACCGGCGGCAAGCGUGCAAAGAAGGGCGGCUUCAUGUGCUGUUCCUGCCUCCAGGUCCUGCUCUUGGUCCUCAUCCCUCUCGUCGCGCUGCUGCUCUUUGCGCCGGAGCCCGAAGUCGCCACCGGGACAGCACUCACAGAUCACGCCGCUAGAGCGCGGCGCUUCCUGGCAACCACCGCGAGGAGCCUGCAAGGGACGGGCCAAGCUCCCAACGGGGAGGAGGAUGACGACGACUACCGCUAUCGGGACAAGUCCGAAGAAGCGCAAGCGCUGUACCGCGGAACCGUCCACUGA